CUYUUCSAAAAGGUCACUGAGAACACCAUGAGAAGCGCUUCAAUCGUAGGACUGGUGAUCUCUAUUCUCCUAUCUUUGCAGUCAAGACUGGRAWGUUCCCAAGCUCACAAUGCAACCAUGGAWUCACACGCAUGCGACAAAAAUUCUACGGACAUUGACUACUUUCCAACUCCAAAUUCGACAAUAAUUCUGAAUAUUAGUGGUGCCAUUUGGAUUAGUGUUACCAUCAUAGCCAUCCURUGCAACGCCCUCAUCAUUCACGUAGUCAGGGUCAACAAGCACAUGCAUACAACGACCAACUACCUCAUCGUMAACAUGGCAGUCGGUGACACAUUUGCAGCAAUUAUAACUACCAUUUUGUUCCUUUAUAUGRCUUACCACGGCUUUGGAUGGGUUGGAAAUGUGACCUUUGGAGAACACAUCUAUUGCAGGAUGAUAUGUCCAAUGUACUAUCUUUGCAUGCUCUGCUCCAUAUAUAGUCUAGUGGUGAUCACGUUUGAUCGAUUCCUGGCUGUCACCCGUCCCCUUAAGCACAAGCACCGGUCUUCCUGGACCAAAUACACCAUUCCCUGUAUUUGGGUGAUAUCAAUAGCAAYUGCAUCUCAUUACGCAGUUCGUAAAAUCACUUUUUGCACAAUUGAAGGUGAAUUAUAUUGUCUUCCUUCUAUUUCGAGACUGCAAGCCUAUUUAACGCUURCAUUUGGCGUUCUCAUUCCGCAUAUGGUUAUAUUUACCUUAUAUGCAGUUAUUGCAUACACGGUUUGYACACGAAAGGUCCCUGGCGAGCAAGCACAAAAGGGCAGAAKAGCAUCGACAGAUAAAGUUGCCAAAAAAGUUACCCUCAUGAUUGUCUGYAUUCUUGUGGCUUUUGACGUCGCAUAUGCCGCAGUAUUCCUCGGGUUUCUAUUCCCRUUCCUCUAUCAUGGCAAAGUAACCGAAAGUUWUCUUGAAGUUUUUUCAUAUAAGCUUCUUUUGAUUACCAAUGGCAUUUCCAAUGCCAUUAUUUAUGCAGUAUUCAACGAAAGCUUCAGGAUUGCUUUUAAGCGCGCUUUAACCGUCAACAUCUUCAUGAUAUCAAUGUGUGAGCUAAAGAAAAAAAUAUCAACGAAAACUGUAAGUCCUUCAUCAUGUGCAAAGAGUUCAAUAGCCGACACAUCGCCAGAAAUGACUUGAAUGUCUAAACCAACCAGCAUCGACAUUACUUUUUUAAAUAGCUAUACAGAUGAACUCAAUAAAACACGCAUUACCGCUUAUAGUACAGGAUWACUCUCAGUCGAGGAAAAGUUGUGUAACAAAUACCUUCAGUAAUAACUUUUCAUGGCUGAAUCCUUUAGCAGGUUGUUGGUUUUAAUAGUGCAAGAGAGGAAUAACGACAUCAACGUUCUCAAAUUAGGACAUAGUUAACCAAAAGCCAAAGAAGAUUAUUUGAAUACCACAAAAAAAAAUCCAAUUAAUGUUUAUUAUACAUUGUUUACAUUUUAAAAGAAGACUCUAGCAAAAAAAGUCAUGUCGAAGUGUAAUAAGUGCAAAGCUGYAACGAGCGCCUUUUAGGCGUCUUGGACAUAAUAGCACUGCUGGUGCAACGUGCAAAUUAUUCAGAAGGUUAUUGGUUAGCUAAUUAACAUCUUWUCGGUAAUAACUUGAAGGUUUUCUGCUUAUGAAAAUUAAAAGUAGUCUGUUAACCAAUAGGGUUUUAGAAAGUUAAUAUAAUGUAUAAUCAACUGUGUUAAAUAUGUACUUAUUGAACAAAUAAUCAAAUUUCAAAGUUAUUGUACGCUAAUUAA